UAUUACUCAACUGGCAAGUGAAAGGCUAGCUGUAAACAUAAGGAAGAUGGACUACAGCUUUUCAUAAAACUUGGGAACAUCAUCAUUUCUUGGUAUUUUACUUGCAUGGACACGAUUCGAGCCAUCGUUUCUAGAGGUCGCAGAGGUCUGAACAGAAAUGAAGGUUAUGGACACAUAGAUUUGGCGGAAAUUACUGACAGGUUAAUUGCAACGUCAACACCGGCAGCUGGUCUUCAGAAAGUCUAUAGGAAUGACGAACAUGCGAUUUUACAAUACUUGUAUGAUAAAUAUUCAGACAAGUGGAUGAUCUUUAAUUUAUGUGCAGAGCGUAGUGUUUAUCACCACAAGCUAUUCUUACCAAGGUUGGAAUUUUAUGGGUUUGAGGAUCACAAUCCACCUCCCUUCGUACUGUUAUGUACAAUCAUCGACAGGAUGGCAGAAUUUUUGAGCCGAGAUCCGUCUACAAAGUUGAUAAUCCAUUGUAAAGCAGGAAAAGGUCGAACAGGAACGGUGCUGUGUAGCUACCUAAUAGCACACGAAGGAUGUACAUUCGAUCAAAGCAUUGCACUUUACACUAAAAAGCGUAUGAGACGAGGAAGCGGUCUUACUAUUCCGUCUCAAAUACGUUAUGUCCGUUACUUAGAAGCAUGGUCUCGACUUCGAAAACAGCAGCCCUCAUUGAACAUUGAAACGUUAGCCUUAGCAAAAUCAGUCCUGAAAGAAUUUGUUGUGGAAUCCAAAGACUGCCCUAAGCUUACUAUUUCGCUAUAUACAUUUGCUUCGGACAAUAGAUGUCAAAAAUUACCCUUAUGGACCUCUUGUAAAUGGCGACAAUGCACGGAUUCUACUCAAGCUCAUCAAUGGACUUUACUCUGUGACUUUCCUUCUUCAAUCAAUGAGUUUAUGGUUAGCGUCAUCCCUAAAGCUUUUCGUGCUUUUCCUCGCCAAGUACAUUUCUGGUUUCAUACCCAGCUUCAUCCAUUGCUCUUGGGAGCCACCAACGGUGACGCCUCGUUUUCUGAAAAGAGUUUCCCUAACAAACCUGAAUCAUUCAUAACUUGUCACUUCUCAUGGACAGAAAUGGAUGGUUACCAAUCUAUCAGCACUCCUUAUUUUCACCUACUUUCUCUUCGUUAUAUCCUUAUGUAAAAAAACACCCAU